GGGGCCGGAGGAGGAGCCGUGUGCCCAGACACCGAACGCCAUGGCCUACGCCUAUCUCUUCAAGUACAUCAUCAUCGGCGACACGGGUGUUGGUAAAUCAUGCUUAUUGCUGCAGUUUACGGACAAGAGGUUUCAGCCAGUGCAUGACCUGACUAUCGGUGUAGAGUUUGGCGCUCGAAUGAUAACUAUCGAUGGGAAACGAAUAAAACUUCAGAUAUGGGAUACGGCAGGGCAAGAGUCCUUUCGUUCCAUCACGAGGUCAUAUUACAGAGGCGCGGCAGGGGCGUUACUAGUGUAUGAUAUCACAAGGAGAGAUACAUUCAACCACUUGACAACCUGGUUGGAAGAUGCCCGCCAUUAUUCCAAUUCCAACAUGGUCAUUAUGCUUAUUGGCAAUAAAAGUGAUUUAGAAUCUAGAAGGGAAGUAAACAAAGAGGAAGGGGAAGCUUUUGCACGAGAACAUGGACUUAUCUUCAUGGAAACUUCUGCUAAGACUGCCUCCAAUGUAGAAGAGGCAUUUAUUAAUACAGCAAAAGAAAUCUAUGAGAAAAUCCAAGAAGGAGUCCUUGACAUUAACAACGAGGCAAAUGGUGUUAAAAUUGGCCUUCAGCACGCUGCUGCUACUAAUGCCAUACAUGUAGACCAUCACGGAGGACAGCAGGGCGGGGGAGGCUGCUGUUGAGUCCACCCUUUUUACUGUCUCGCUGCCCAAAUUCGGCUU